UUGCUAGGCUCAUGGGUUUGGAAUCGAUGCCAGCAGGAUCAGGCAGUAAGCCCCAAAAGGCUUCAGAUUCAGAAACUUGGAGCAAUGUGGCAGACAAACUUGGUGCUCGAUCUGGCGGAUCUGAUAAAGAAGAUAUGGAUUUUGAGAUGUUCGAAAUAAAGAGUUCAGAACCAGGUUUGCAAAGGUUUAGAGCUAAAUGUGCUCUCACUUAUCCUACUACAUAUUUUUCUCCUUUGGAAGAUGAAGCAGAUUUAGUUGGGAAUUCACUUGAUCACCAUUCAACUGAUAGCUACCUCUCCAGCAGUCCCAAUAGUAGCUCAAAGGACAAAAUGCUUGCUGAAUCAGUGGACUCUGUUGAUGAUGAACCACUCUUUCCAGAACCUGAUAGAGAUCUUUCGGAUUGUGAGACCUCAUUAUCCACCCGGAGGAGUUGCAGAGAACUGAUUGAUAACGUUUCUGGAGUGCUCAGCAAGAUUGAUUAGUUAAAAGGAAGCAAACUCAGCUACGCAAAACAGGUCAAUUUGAAUGCUGAACUCAUAUUUGGAACUACCCCUCAACAGCAGGCUCUACCUGUAGAGGAUGGGUUCUCUGUGAGCCAUUUUCUCCUCAAUGAACAUGAAAUGUUUUCGAGUUUUCACAGAUAAAGGACA